AUGGUGAAACACCAGAGCAGUCAGUCCGGGGAGAGGCCGUACGCGUGCAGCGAGUGCGGGGAGGCCUUCAUCCACAGCUCGCACGUGGCCCGGCACCAGCGCACCCACCACGGGGAGAAGCCCUACGUCUGCCCAGAGUGUGGCCGCGCCUUCAGCCAGAGCUUCAACCUUGUCCGGCACCAGCGCACUCACACGGGAGAGAAGCCGUACGGAUGUGCUGAGUGCGGCAAGUCCUUUGGUCAGCGGUCAGAUGCCGCCAAGCACCAGAGGACACACACGGGUGAGAGGCCGUACGCGUGCAGCGAGUGCGGGAAGGCCUUCCUGCACAGCUCCAAUGUGGCCCGGCACCAGCGCACCCACCGUGGGGAGAGCCCCUACGAAUGUCAAGAGUGCGGCCAGGCCUUCAGCCAGAGCUCCAACCUCCUGCAGCACCGGCGAGUGCACACGGGCGAGAAGCCCUACGCCUGCCCGGAGUGCGGCCGCGCCUUCAGCCGGAGCUCCUUCCUCAGUGAGCACCGGCGCAUCCACACCGGGGAGAAGCCGUACGCCUGCGGGGAGUGUGGCCGCGCCUUCAGAGCCCUGUCAGGCUUCUUCCGGCACCGGCGGGUCCACACGGGGGAGAAGCCUUUCCACUGCACCAAGUGCGGCCGUGCCUUCCGCCUGAGCUCACACCUGAUCCAGCACCAGCACGUCCAUGGCACAGACUGAGCCUGCAAACGGGCCAGGAUGCGGUGGGUGCGGCACCCGUGAAACUCUGGCUGCGCCUGGAGGGCUGUGUCCCUCAUCCCGCCUGCAUGAGGAGGAUGAGGGAACAGCCCAGCGCUUUA